GACAAUUUAGAAGGUCUUGCUCAUUUCUGCGAACAUCUUUUAUUCAUGGGUACAAAAAAGUAUCCAAAAGAAAAUGAAUACUCUGAAGUAAUUGAAAUUUAUUAUUGUGUUAAAAUGCAAAAAUCAUCUGCGAUUGCCAAUUACUUAUCAAAUCAUGGUGGAUAUUCAAAUGCAUAUACUAGUGAAGAUCAUACAAACUAUUAUUUUGAAGUAGCUCAUGAAAACUUGGAAGAUUUGCACAAUUUUUUAUAUCACCAUUAUUUGAUCCUAGUUGUACUGACAGGGAGCUUCAUGCAGUGGACUCUGUCUGAUACAAUUAGGUUAUAUGAACUUGGAAGAAUUUUAUCAAGCCCAAAACAUCCUUAUAAAAAAUUUGGUACUGGAAAUUUAGUUACCUUAAAAGAUAACAAUUUAAUUUAA